ACCAAGCUAGACAGACGUGUGUGUUGUAUACUACCCUUGCUUGGGCCCUUUCUUCUCAGAAACCUGUAGUGUGUUGAUGAUUCUCUUAUCUUUACUUUCAUGUCAUCAACUCCCAACUUCAGCAUGCACACAUUUACAAGGAGCAGGAAUGUGAGAGUAUGUCUUCAGGGUGGGAGAUGAGAUUGUUUUGUUUACUUCCUGUCUUUAGUAAAUGUAAUACACAGUUAACACCUUGGCAGCAAAAGUUGCUGUUAUAAAACAAAAUAAAACUUAACAUAAUCUUAAAUUUGUAGGCAACAUGUGAGACUGAGCAAAUGGAACUUUGCAGGUGGUUUUUCCAUUAGCUGUGAGCAAGCACAAAGUAUGUAGCAUUGAGAGUAAGCAUGAGGUUACGAUCCUGGGAGGACUCAAUGAAUUUGUAGUGAAGUUUUAUGGACCACAAGGAACACCAUAUGAAGGUGGAGUAUGGAAAGUUAGAGUGGACCUUCCUGAUAAAUACCCUUUCAAAUCUCCAUCUAUAGCCCAUUCCUCAGACUCCAUAUUAUCAGAGAGAAAGGAAGAAACAGAAAAGAGGACCCCUUGUUGAGUUUAGAUCUCCUGAACACACACAGGAUCAGUUCAGAAGUUCCCAUGACACAGGGCAUUGAGAGUGAGCUCCUUGCUUGGUUCCUCAAGAAGAGACCAGCCCAGGUCCAUCUCUCCUGAUUAGGAAAGGCCAAGCUCUCUGAAGAGACUUCUGCCCGGGUGCAGGCUGCCCCAGGCUGGGCCUGGCUGUCUGAGGAAUUCAUAAGCUUGUGAUUAAGUUGAAUCAGCCACAGCUGCCCUCAACCAUCUCAGUCCAGACUCAUUUUAUCCUGGGAUAGUGCUACCAUUUUUGCCUUUGGCCCUUUUCACCUACUUGAUUUAGAGUGGAUUUGCCUUGUUUAGUCAUUUGUCCAACCUCCCAUUUUGUCAAGAUAAUUCUGAGUGAAAUUCCUAGGAUUCAUGAAUAAAAUUUUCCAUCCCAACAUUGAUGAAGCGUCAGGAACUGUGUGUCUAGAUGUAAUUAAUCAAACUUGGACAGCUCUGUAUGAUCUUACCAAUAUAUUUGAGUCCUUCCUGCCCCAGUUGUUGGCCUAUCCUAACCCCAUAGAUCCUCUCAAUGGUGAUGCUGCAGCCAUGUACCUCCACCGACCAGAAGAAUAUAAGCAGAAAAUUAAAGAGUAUAUCCAGAAAUACGCAACAGAAGAGGCCCUGAAGGAGCAGGAAGAGGGCACUGGUGACAGCUCAUCGGAGAGUUCUAUGUCUGACUUUUCAGAAGACGAAGCCCAGGACAUGGAGUUGUAGUAGAAAAAGCACCUGCUUUUCAGAAAGACUAUUAUUUCCUAACCAUGAGAAGCAGACUAUAAUAUUCAUAUUUAAACAAAGCAAUUUUUUUUAUUACUAAACAAGGUUUUUAUGAAUAAUAGCAUUGAUAUAUAUGUAUUAUAUAUCACCCUUUAGAUCUUGAUUUCUUGGUCAUUUCUCAACCUGAGGUGCAUAGCAUACCCCACAUUCCAUUUCGGUAGCAGUAUGCGGUCCGAAUGCAUGCAUUCAUAAGUCCAUUUGGCCAAGUCAGCCCGUGUGCUACUGAACUGUCAAAAGAAAUAGCCGCUCUGAUAGAUAGACACAGGUAAAGCUUACAGGAAAAAGUUGCUGCUUUUAUUGAUGGUUCCAAAGAAACAAACCAAACCUACCAGCUGUUGAAUGAAGAUAGAAUAGUGCUUUUUCAGAGUGGAAAGGAAAACAGUGGGGAGUAAGAGGCCUGCUUUGGGAGCACGUAGAGCCAGCCAUGUACCAAUUAGCUGCUCCUCCCUGGGAGGCCUGGGUACCCCAUUUCUGUGGAGUGGAGCAGCAGUGGAAAACAGGGAGCUAACUGGAGAAGUGAAACUUAACGAUUUUUUGACUUGGAUUUUAAGCACAUUUUUAUAUGUAGAUUCCUGCCCUUCCUGCUACUAGACCUGCAGCCACAGUGUUUUGCUUUGGAGAACCAUUGGGAAGUGUUCUCUGAACCUGAUUCUUUUUUUUCUUGGGGUAUAGCUUGUCAUCAGACCUGUUUUUGAAAAGACAGGAAGGGAGAAAAGUGACAGGAAGAUGAUUCCUCAUCCAAGCCCCAUGCACAGCCACAUCCUCUCCUGUGUUGGGCCAGUUUGAGACCACUGCCCUGGACUGAGAGCUUUAAACUGGAAGGGUUUUUCAUUUGAUUGGGGUUUCUUUUUGGUUUUCUGUUUAGUGUGAAUUGUGCUUAGGCUACAAAUUUAAUCUUCACCUACUAAGAGAUGGUUUUCUCCCCUGGACAAGCCCUCAGUGGACCAGUAGUUGUGGGAAGAAGACCCGCUGGGGCCUCGAGGCCCUGGGUGUGCUCCUACAGUGGGGGCAGCCUGGUCAUCAUCUGCUUGUGGGAGUGGGAAAUGGGUAUUUCAGACCCAACACACAUUCGAAACUUAAAGUGAAUAAUAAUUGGAACAAAUAAAGGUUGUUGUACACAAAGUCGCUCAGCCUGGGAAAACACAGCUUGCUUCAGAGAGUGACGGACUGGGACGAAGGGAUUCGGAAAAGGAUGCUGUGAGAUGGGUUGCAAAGGGAGGACGCUUGCUCUCUGCGUUAAGCACGAGUCAGACACUUUGAAAUGCCUGCUGCUGGUCCGGUGUUGCUCAGCCAACCUCACAUCCAGGUUGCGCAGAGCUGCUUUCAGAUCUGAUUGUCGCCUGCUAAAUCUGGAAUUUGGAGACACUAGCAGCCCUGUGUGCUUUUUGCGGCAACCAGCAGGACAGUAGCAGAAACCUUCGAAAGACAACUUUUGAAUGUCCCACUGGGAUAACUUUUCUUUUUGAUGUGUGUUUUUAGUUUAGAAGUACUAUAUUCCACAAGGUGUAAGUCAAUGAGGUUGGAAGAUACCCUUUUUUUUUUUUUAAUUCAAAAAGCACAAUCAAUCUUUUCUUUGAAAAUCUAUAUAAAGUACAACUUGCUUUUAGCAUGAUUAUUUUCCUAAAUAAAAAGACAAAGAAUUUGCUUAUUUUAUGUUAAUUACGGGCAUGAAGCAAAGGUUUUCUUUUGAGUAAGUACAGUUCUGUAGGGCUGCAGUUAGUUAACCGCACUGCGUUCUCUCUAGCACGCGUGGCUUGUUGGAAGGGAGGUAUUAACUAUUUAACAUGGAAUGGUGUGCUUUACCCAGCACUGUCUUCUCAUUGCUUUGGGGAGGGAGGGUCUCUGCCAGCACUGUCCACCUGCUUCCCUGCCGUGCCACCUGUGCUGUAACCUUCACUGUAGGUGCUACUAGGGUAGGCUUGAAAGUGCUGGGUGGUGAUUUGAGUUCAAACAAUAAAAAAUUGUAUUUUUUCAAUAUUGUAUAAACAAUAGUGUUCUAGUUACCUUUCCAAAAAGAUGUCCAGGAAAUUGCUUUUGAUCUUGUUGAACAAAAUCGAAACCUAGAGAACCAAGUUUAGGAAGGCCUGUGGGCAGUGCCACAGAUCUGCCCAGGGAAUCCACUUUGCUGCAGAAAAGACCUCAGCCUGCCUCCCUGGCAGAGCUCUGGCAGCAGCACUGAUGGUGCAGAGUUCCCUUGAGUCUGGGGGCCGCAGGUCAGAGUGUGGCUGCAGCAUGUGGGGUCCACCCAGUUGCUGCAAAGACAUGAGUGGCUUCUUGGCACUGAUGCUCCUUUGACUCCCCAGUCACAUGGUGCCCUCUCCUUUCUUGGCACUAACCUGGUCCCAUGCACCUUCUGGCUGUUUGGGGGCUUUUUCCUCUCUACUGGGAAAUUGACUUUGCUCUUACUUUAUGUCCUUUCCCUGCACCUGGGUGAGGUGGGACUAGGAGAUCAUACUCAUAGUAGGCCCAGGGAAGCCAGAAGGCAGCCUGCCUGUGACUCUGGGCCACUAUAAUAGAUGGGAGACUAAGUCUGCAGCAGGGCUAUUGUGACACCAGAAGCCUUCCCUAGUUGUCUGAAGGUCUGUCUCCUUUCCCAGCUCUCAAAGGACUCCAGAGUCCCUGAGGAGCUAAGCAUCCUUGACUCUGGAGGUGGUGUCAGCAGGUUAGAGCUGCUGCUGGCAGUUUUCUGCCUUUAGAACCCAUUGUUUUUGAGGUCCAACCUUGUGGCUUACCAAUGCAAGCUGCCUUUGUCCCCAAAUGACUGAACUCAAGCUCUUGCCAAACACCAAGUGAGGUGGUGCAGCCCAGCAGCACCAAAUCUGCUGCUCUCGUGAACCCUCCAGGGCCCAGUGCUGGGGCCAGUGUGCUGUGAUCAGUGGUAGCCAACCUAGACUGACAUUUUGGCUUUUUUUUUUUUUUUCCCUGCAGUCUCACUGCCCUCAAGAUUACUGUGCAGUUUCAACCAGCAUUUUAUACUAGUGAGAAAAUUAUCAGAAGUUGCCAUAAAUCUAUCCAGUACUAAUGACUGGUCCACUUCAAAAGCUGUUCUAAUUGCCAACUGGCUGAUCUAGGCUCCUGAGAAGUGUCUCCCUUCAAAGGAAUUUUGCCUUCCAAAGGGCUUCCUGGAGCCUUACCUGGCCUUGGCCAGAUGCUCAAAUCUUAAUGGGCCACCAAUUGGGAUGGCUGAGAAUCAUGACAGGCAGAUCCUCUUCUAGCCUCCAUGGAUCAAGUUCAUAGACCCCAAGUUUGUGGGAACUGGUGUUUGGCUUGUGGCCAGCCCUUCUAUGUUUUAAUGACUCAAAAAAAUGAAAGCUAUUUAUGAAAGCAAGAGUUUUCAUUAGCUUCCUAACUGGGUUCAUAGCCUUGCUGAGUGAAAUCAAGUCAUUUCUGAUUGGGCGCAAAAACUUAAUUUCUUUGGGUUUCUGAAUCCAUGUUCCUAUUUCCUCUGGCCACUGAACACCUUGGCCCUCCAUUAAGGGAUUGGAUGGAGCGAGGGCUCUCUGGAGCAGGGUUAGCCUCACCUGAGGAAGGGCAGGACUCUGUUUUAGCAGAUCCUCGUCUUGGCUGUGGGCUUGGGAAGAAAUGGCCAUUAUUUACUGAUUGUAUUUGGUACAUAUUGUGUGAUACUUGAAGAGAAUAAAAGGGACUUACCAGCCCUUAAUUGAAAUCUAAGCUUUUUAUCGCUUUUUUUUCCCUAGCCCUAUCUCCUCCCACCUUUUUCCUUGCAUUGUGAUGACCUAGUUGGGCACGUCUGUCACCCGGACACAUGCCUCUUCUGACUAUAACCUCUUAAUAGUUGUGUAUAAUGAAAACUGUAAACUUUUUUAAAUAAAAUGUGUAUAUACCUUGGCAAAUGGCUGGACCUUGAUCAAUAAGAGCCCCAUUCUUUAAAACCCUUUUGUUCACCUGGCUCCUGAGCCCCUCUCACAAGGCAGGUGGUUGAAACCAGUAGGGAAGGGAGUGUGUCACCCUCAGCUAGUAAUAACGGAGAGGCCCGUUCACUAAAACCUGGGCGGGAGGUUUCUGCAGUGGAGCCUUGCAAAACCAUCUCUUCUGUAGAGUCCCAGCCUACUACCGCCUUGCUGAGUGAGGUGGUCCAUAUGGCCUGGGGUUCACAGGCAUUGCAGCCUCCUGCUGGAACUGACCUACCUCAACUUGAGAAUGCUCUGACCUCCACCCUGCCUGGGGUGAGAAGCCCAUUCCUGCUGAGGACCAGCAUCUGGUUCCUUUCUAGUGCACAUGCCCUCAACGGCCGCCAGAUGGCGACGCUGCCCAGUAGGUCUGACCAAGUCCACUGAUGCUUUUGUUAGAAAGUCCUGAGACAAAGGGAAUUGGUCUGGGAUGCUUUCCCCCACCUCUCUUCCCAUUUUCUCCUCCUUACUCAUUUCCUCAGAGUUUUCUCCUCCCUGCAUUGAGACAUUCACCAGGAGCCCAGCUUCCUGUCUGCCUGCCUGCCUUCCAGGGGACUGAAGGUGAGGUGUCCUAGGAAGUGCCCCUGGGCGCCCAGAGCAAGGAUACUCUUAAAGCCACAGUAGCUGCCUCCAGUGCACAGAAGUGAAAUGCUCAUCACAAGUGGCCCUCACUGACCCCUCAGCUAGAGCUGUGAGUUCUAGUCCCUUCUGUUAACCAGCUGUGAGACCCCAUCUCCUGUGAUCCUCUGGCACUUGGUUGCACAUUUGAGGUACCUGCUCAUGACUGACACCUGGGAUCCGAGCUCCAUGUGGGCCUGAAGCAGUGCUACAGCAUGGGGAGAGGUUACUGCAGGGACCCUCAGGACACCAAGGUUCCUCACAGGUUUUUAGACACAAGGAACUUUGAACACUCAGAAGCACCCAUUGUCAGUCUAAAGAGGAAGAAGAGGAGUGUGGGUCACAUGACCCCAUUCUGUUCAUCUCACAACAAGCAGGCUCUUAAACCUACCCCAGGAGGCACAUACAUUCCAUGGGGCUUUGGUGCUCCCUCCCUCCCUCACCUUAUUCCCAGCUGCCUCCCGGGAAGAAGGAUCUGGGGUUCCUGAGGCAUGUUGCCCCGGAAAGGGAUGUCACAAUACUUCCCUGUCUUUUUCUCACUGUCUCUGAAGGCCGCCCUCCCCUAGGGAGUGAGUGGCUGUGUCACUGGAUCCUGGUGUGUCCUAGUCCCCGCCUAGAACCAAGGCAGGUAAGAACUUUAAAAUUCCCAUAACCCCUCAAGUCACCAGACUGAGCAGCCUUAUAGGUAAGGAGACCUGGACAGCCCACCUUUAGCCAAGGCCUGCUCUGCAGCUCCAUGUAGGGCAAGGUUCCUGACCCCUUAAGGAUUUAAUGUUUGA